CACAAACCUAUUGGUCUAAGUUCGUUGUUAUUUCAGACAACUUAUGUGCACUAAUAUAAUUUUGUGUUUAAAUCUUAGAGUAAUUAGUAAACUUAUUUAGAUCAAAAUUAAGAAUUAAUCUUUUUUGAUUCUACUGUUUUUUUUUUUUUAAUAAUCUAUAACCAGAUUUCUCUAAUAACGUUAAAAAUUAUGUCCAUUAAAAGUGUUUUAAAAAAAAAGUUCAAAUUGGAAAAUACAAUUUUUUCAAUGAAAAAAAAAAAACCAAAAAUUAAACAUGUAAUUUCUAAAUUGCCAGGUGAUAUUUACACUAAAUUAAAUACAAAUAAUGAUAUUAAAUGUGAAUCCGUACCAGACAAUUUACAGAAACGGUCCACAACUCCCAUCAUAAAAAUAGAGGAUGGAAAUCACAUUGAAACAACAGAUAUUGAUAAAAUUAAAAAUUCAACACCAAAAAUUAAAAAAAAAAGAAAGUCUGAGACUAAUGAACACGAAAUGCCUAAAAAGAAAAAGGUAACUUUUGCGUCUGAUGUGAAAAGUGAAAAAGAUCAAAAAUGUACUGCUGGUAAUAUGUUACCUUUAAGUUUAAACAAACGGAAAAAAUUGAACUAUAUUAAGAAGUUGAAAUCGAAGAAAAAUAAACAAAAAAAUGCAAAAAAAUGUGAAGCAAAUAUUGCUGCAACGAGUACACCCUUACAAGAACGAGCUAUUGCAUAUAUGAUACAAUGGAAAAACGAUCGUUCAAAUUGGAAGUUCAAUAAAAAAUUUCAAAUUUGGUUAAUUAAAAACACUUAUGAUCCUGUAAAGGUAAAAAUUUUGUUUUAUAUACAAACAAUUACUAUUAGGUUUUCUAUCAUUUGAACAGGUAUAACGUCAGUUCUACAAUCGUCAAUGUAAAUUUAUGACCGGAAGAAAAGGGCAAAACCAUGUGUUUUUGCUAUUAUUCCAAAUAUAACAUUUAAAAAUAAAAACAUUGUUUUCAAAUGACUGUAAUAUUUCAUAAAAAAAACACACUACUUUUUCUUUCAAAACAUUGUCUUCUGUUUAUUUUAUAAUCGGUGCUUUUACUCUAAAACUAAAAUUGAGUAUGUAUUACGCAGUCUGUGUAAGGUAAAUUUUGCUAUAUUGCCAGUUAAUUUGACUGAGACAGCACAUGAGGGUAUAGCAUCCUUUUAACUCAUUAUAUACUAUAUAGAGAUAAUUUUUGCUCAUAGCAGUUGUAAAUAUUAGUGUUAUUUUAAAUAUAAUAUAAACAAUAAUAAUUUAGUACUUGCUUAUAUGCAUUACUAAUUAAUACUACCAUUGUGGGUGCGGCGGUGCUAGAGAAGAACAAAUGGGACAUAAGUCUGAGUUUGUUUUGGUUUUAAUAGGAUCUGUGGUGUAUUACUAUAAAGGUAUACAAUCAUUAGUUAUACCAUUUAUUUUAAAUUAUUCUAACUGAAGCAUUGUCCAGGACUCCACAAAACCUAGUGCUGACACUGGAUACUACCUUAUAUUUAUUUUUUUUUUAAAUUCAAUUUUUCUCCCUCCUAGCUUUCAUAUUAAUACUCCUAGGAGUAUUAUAUUGUUUUAAAAAAAUGUCUAACACUCGUCGCUUAAAUUUUUUAGUUUUAAAUUAUUAGAGGUUUUCAGUUAAUAUCUAAUAUUAUCUUGUGUAUUUAAAAUGAAUAAACAACUAAAGCGUAGUGAUCAAUAAAUAAACGAUUUAUCCUGCAAGGUAGAAUUUAAAAAAAAAAUUGUAUUAUUGGUCUUUCCCUUAUUACUAGUCGAGGUUUUAUGUCAUAUGACUAUAGUAUUAAGCAUACCAAUUCAUUUUUUUAGGUUUAAUUUAACUUUAACUUUACGUUUUGUUUUAAAUAUAGUUUUAUAAAAAGCUGUAUUUCAUACACAUUUUAAAAUACUGUGUUUGAUUUAUACAUUUAUAUUUUUUUAGAUACCCAAAGAACAUUUUGACAUUUUAGUAGAAUAUCUUCAAACUAUUAAUGGUCAAAGUCGUAAUUUAAUUCUUCAAAAUGCCAAUACCAUUGUCACCGAAUCUUCAGCUUCAGAUGAACAUCAAGAAUUAAAUUUGGCACAGGAAAACAAAUACCAACGAGCUAGGACUAUCAUUCAAAUGUUUGUUUAGUAUCUAAUUAUUUGUUUUAUUGAUUAAAUCAUUUAAUUAUUAGUCUGUAAUAUUUUAUGUUGAAAUAUUGAAUAACUAAAACAUUAUUAAAACCAUAAAUCCAUUUAACAGUUUAAUUAACACAUAUAAGAUUAUGUUGAUCAUUUUAAAUGGGAAAGGUAAAAAGACAAAAUAGAAAUUAAAGCAACAGCUAUUGAAAUAAAAAAAAUUAAUGUUGAAGCCACAUAGAAAUAAUAAUAUUAUUAAUAAAAAUAAAGAUUCAACAUUAAAAAUUGAAAUUUUAAAUUAUGGAAUAACAAAUAAUAAAUUAACAACAUAAAAUCUAAUAAAUUUACCUAACAUUUUGAUAUUAAUUAAAAUUACAAUGAGAACAAUUUUUAUUCUGUUUUUGCUUCAACCAGUUUGGAUACAAACGUUUUUAAUUUAUCUUCAUCUUGUAAUCCAAUAAUUUUUCCCUGAACUUUACCAUUCUUCAUUGCAAUUAAUUCAGGUACUACAGUAAUCUAAAAAACAAAUUAAACCUUGAUAAACAC